UAAUUUUAUUCGUUAUUGUGAAUGAUAAGCUAGUCCCGCAGCUCAUUUAAGGAAUGUGUUCAGUCUGAUUGCCUAUUCCUUAUGCAUUACCCUCAUUCGUAAACAACAUAGUACCCCGAGAUUUUGUGCUUUCUGUUUAUUUUUUUUUAUCGGGUAUUCUAUUUUGACGUUCAUAUUCGUUUUGUUGGGUACGUCUUUCGUUUUGAUUUACCACAACUGAUUCUUGAAAAAAUGUUAUUGGAAUUGUUUAUUUUUUUGGUUUUUUCCAAAUUCUGAUAAAAUGAUGCUGAAAUUGUUUAUAUUCUCAUGUUUCCUGUUUGCUUUUACAUAUUGGAUAUUGCCUGCCUUUAUAAGUUGGAUUUUGGUUAAAAAGUUUCGAGUUAAAGUCCGUAUUGGUCGUAUACAUCUACCCUAUUUGGCUUUGAAAAAUGUUCACGUCAGCAAAAGUGGAUUUUCCGUUCAAAUCGAGGAAAUUUGCUUACGAAGUAGUUUCUUCAAUACUGAAGUAACUAAACUUGUCUCCAUAUAUAUCCGAGAUAUUCGUAUCAACAAGGAUAUACAAACGGCAAAACAUGAUGGCCCGGCUCAGGAAACGUCACGGAAAUCCAACUUCCGACGAGACAUUGGAGGAGGGAAGGGAGUGCCAGAUUUUAGACAUGCCAAAGUUCCGCCAAGUAUAUUAACUUGUGCUCAAUUCAUGGCCGUUCAUAUCAAUAACAUAUCUGUGGUGCUAAUGAAUAAUGAUUUUGACCCGGGCUGGUUUAUACAUGCCACAGCCAAAGAGCUACAUUUGGACGGAAGCAUCGUUCAAAAUGCCAAAAUUCUGCUAAUUAAUGCAGUAUUAAAUGAAGCACAGGCGAAAAUGCUCAGGCAUUGUCCAACUCGCAGACAAUCUUUGGAGAAUGUAAAUAAAAUACGGCCCUGUUUGGGUGAGCUAAGUUUCGAUAUAUCUUUGGAUGCCACCAUACUAUCACACGGUCAACUUUCUGUCGAUAAACUGUCUUUAGCUAUGAACAAUGCCAAGUCUACAAUACAUGGCGGAUUGUAUGAAUUCCUGAGUGAAGCCAAAAAACGAACCUCACAUAGUUUUACCAAAGACAGCGCAAGUAAUUUCCCCACAACAACUGCAAAAGUGGAUGAAUAUAUUACCCCCGAGCAACAUAUUCCUCAACACACUGCAAAUGAAUCAAGUUAUAACAACGAAUCCUAUCAUAAGAUAGCACCAAUAAUACCAAAGAAUUUUAGUUUCAUCAUAAAAGCUGCUACAUUUUCGGCUGUAAAGGAGAAUUCACAAAAUGAUUUCAGUGCAAAAAUGCAAUUGUUUAGCAUAACCGGUGAAUUUAAUUCAAAAUCAUUUAAUGAAGACGUCCAUUUACCCACCUUAUUUACCAAAGUAACACUGCAACAUUUAGAUAUCGAUACGAAAUAUGAAAAAUUACUUUUCAUAGAACAAUUUACUAUAGAUUCCAUGCUUAAAAAUGAUAUUCUGAAUUUAUAUGUGAAACUGAAAACCUUCCAAAUCAUAUACAAUCAUUGUGAGAUCUAUGAUUGGGUACACAACAACUUUUUAGCGCGAAAACGGCAACAACAACAGCAGCAACCCAUGCUGUUGCAACAGAAAUCAUUACCAGAUAAUUUGGGUUCCUUACCGCAUACAUGGCAAUGUCCAGGCAAUACAAAAAUAUCAGCGAUUGGCGACAAUGGUCCCAGAAAUGGUCUACUAGAAUGGGUUAUGAAACACAUUGUGGUAAAAGGUUGUGCGGAACUGUGGAAUGUUUCAAUGUUAAUGAAGCUGGAUGAUGACGAACAUGCCGGCAUGAGUGUCAGUCAUACACGUUUGGUGCUGGAACAAACCGACGAGAAAAGAAGUUCCUUUUAUAAAACCAAAAUAUUCAAUAUGUUGUUUAAUCAGCGUCAUUGGAGCGUAGAACUAAUGAUAGAAUCGCUGUGGUGGUCCCUGGGAAAUUCCAUAAAUGAUACCAACAAUUUGAAGAAGUCACAUUCUCCGGGUUCACCAUUCUUCAUAGGUGUUAGUUUAGUAAAACUAAGUUCUUAUUCCAAUGCCACCAAAUUGGAAGUAUCAAUACACACACUGAGGACAGAGUACAGCAUGACAUUGGCAACAUUUGUCAUAAAAACAGUUUGUUGCAUUAAACAAUAUGGUGGUCUCAAAGCCGAAGGAAAUGUAAAAACUAAAUCAAAUGCAAAGCAACAACAAAACGCCUCCAAUGCUUUAUUGAUUUCAGCAAAAAUAAAAGAUAUUACAGCAUAUUUUAUAAAUCAUCACAAAGCUUGUUUACUGUUAAGCUUUUCCGAAAUUGCCUUGGCACGAACUCAUCAGUUAACCCACCUAAAACUGGAAGAAUUCCAAAUGGCAAUAAUGCGUUCCAUGACAGCUUCGUCGCUGUGUCUUACCGAUUUCACUGAUAUAUUUGCAAAUUGUAAGCUAAUACGUUUGGAGUAUGAGACACCAGAACAGAAGAGACCAAAGCUAUCGGUAUAUAUUCCGGGCAGCAUUGAAGCUAUUUGGAAUUCCAAUUUACACAUGCAUAUUCUCACCCUGGCCCGGGAUAUGCAGGAUUUAAAGGCUUCCCUGGCCUUGCCGGCAAAGGCCAAAUCCCCAACAUUCACCCCAUCUAAUCAACCCACAAUGGAUAGUCCUUCCAAGGAAUUGAUUAUCGAACUGUCAGCUGAACGAAGUACCAUUUUCGAAAUCAAAUUAUCUGAUCGUCACUCCAUGCAAUGGUUUGUGGAAAAUCUAUUCUUUAGUCGCAAAGAAGGCAAUUUUAUAUCAGCUGAAAAUAUAUUCAUUAAAAUUGAUGAUGAACAUAUAUUUACGGUGAAAGAUGUCGAUAUACAUUCGUUGGCGAAAUUGGAAAUGCUAACACAAGAACGUUUGAACUGUGAGGGUUUUGUUUUGCCAACAAAUAAAGUUUGGGUUACAACAAUUGGGAGUUUCAAGGCUAUAUUCCCAUAUGACCAUGACUUUUAUGAUGCUGUAAAUAAUCAAUUUAUUUCCCAUUUUAAAUGGUUGAAACUGGUUCAUAAUUAUAAAAAGAAACCUUUUACGGCCAGUUCACCACUUCCUAGCGACAUGGUGAUACAGAUAAAAGAAUUCUUAUUGGAAAUCAGUGAUGAUCCUUUUGAAGUCAAACUUCGCGAUAACUAUGUUCUAUUAGUUGAUGAAUACCUUGAGGGCCUUAAACGUAAAACAUUAUUUGAUAAGAAAAUUGCAGAGAUCUGUUCGAAAACCCUGUUGGUGCCGGCUGGAACUAUUGAGAGCCUGCAUGCAACAUUGGUGAAGAAAAAUUCCGAAAUCUAUAUUCAACGAUCGAAGAAGAUAAGGGAAAGUGGACCGGUGCGUACACGUCUGUUGGCAUGGAUUAUGAAUGAUGUAGAGAUUAUGGCUAUGGCUGAUCCAUCGAUUCAUGGAACCGAUAAUGUAACACGAAUUAUGCGUGAAAUUGAUUCAGAAAGUCCUUGGCCCGAGGAGGGUCUUGAAUUUACAACGCUUUGGUGUCGUAAUGUACAUGUGAGCUGUUCAGAAUGGAAGUUUAUGUUAAGAGAUUUUCCCCAGCCCAUGUUUUAUGUGAAAACAAUGAGCUUAUUUGGUACUCUGUGUGGUGCCGAACAGGCUGCCUCGAAGCGGGCUAAACGUGAUGUCUACAUCGAUGUUGGUGAGCCGUUCGGAACAGAUGUGGUGCAACGCAGCAUGACCGCCUUGAAAUUCUAUCACGACUUCAAUUGUGAUUUGGAAUUUUGUAGUUAUGCCUUUGGCCCAUGUUGGGAGCCUGUAAUGGCCCAGUGUAAUUUGAGCUUUGAGAAAAUAUCUGCACCUUCCAAAGACCCCAGUCCGCCGCUGCCAUUUUGGGAUAAAAUGCGUUUACUCUUCCAUGGACGUUUGACAAUGAUUGUUAAACAAUUCACUGUUCUACUGCAUGCCUCGUUGGAUCCAUACAAUACCACGGAGGAAAUGGAACUAACAUGGAAUAAUGCCGGCAUCGUUUGGACAAAUGCCAAAAUAAUGUUCCGAGGUGAAUUAAAUGUAACAGUGAGAACUGCUUCACGUUAUGACGAUUGCCGGCUGCUGCAUUUUCCACAUUUGAAGCUGACCUUUAAAUUGAAUUGGAUUUGUUUGGCCAAUCCCAAUGAUCAUCAUGCUGUUAUGCCUUGUGCUCCUGACAAAUUGCCCGAAUAUUCGAGUAAUCAAGUACAUGACUCCUUCAGGGCUUUUCGUUCGAUAAGUCUGAAUAUAUGGAUAUCGUUUGAGACAAAACCAAAGCCUGGUGUUGAGAUAGAAUAUGACAUACCCAGUUUGGUGUUAUAUGGAAGUACACUGAGAUGGUUUGAGAGUUUAAAACUCAUACUUUCGGGAGUAACCCGACCAACUCGUCGUGGUCCGGUCUUUGAUAAUGUACGGCCGCGCAAGAAGCAACUUAGUCGCCAUUACAAAAAGGCAAAUUUACAAAUGAGUUUACAUCGUUUCCAAGUACUUUAUUGGAUGUCUCAUGCCCGCCACAAAGGUUUUCAAUUGAAUGGUGGUCGUGUAUCGUUUAGUUCCGAAUACCUUUUAUCUCUGUCGCCCAUAGACGAUGGCUUAAUACAUCGUCCACGAGCCGAUUGGUCCACGGUGUACAUGAAUUGUGAAUUGAAUGAUGCCGAGAUCUGGCUGAAGAGUAUUGAACCUGAGAAAUUUGAUAGCUCCUCAGAGAACAUAACCAAUGCCGACAAAUGUAUUACGGUGCGUUUCUAUUUUCUCAGCGUUGGACGUGUCUCCUAUGGUCGUGAGGCUCUUAUACAAUCGAGCAAUGAUGAAGAGUCGACAAAAACCAAAUCGAGUACACCAACACACAAAUUGGUGGUAUAUGAUCUGAAGGGAGCUUGGACGAAAAACAAUCGUGAUGUGGCCUUUGCUUUGUUCGAUUCAUUUAUGAAAUCUCAAAAGCUUAAAAAUAACCUCUCCACGGAAGCCGUCAAGAGUUAUAGGAAGGAGGGAAAUUCUACUCUCAUGAAGAACAAACGCAGCGACAGCACCUUGUCCGGUUCGUCAGCAGAAGUUUUACCAAUUACAACAACAAAUACCACAAUCAACAAACCACAACCGGCAAGCCAUGCAACGGCAAUGUUGCAGCAACUUAUCGCCGAAGCAGACCACAAAUUCAAUGUGUAUAGCGAUGAUCAAACUUCGCAAUCCCGAGAACUGCAAUUGCAGGGACUGCAGGCAUGUUCUGCACACGAUGUCAUUCACGAGAACUGGUCGAUAUCGUUGGUAAACUCUCAGGUAUUACUAAAAGGUUCCGAGACAUCGGGUUAUGUUAUUAUUAGUGCUGCUAAAGCGGAAAUACUACAGCGAGUACAUCGUCCCGUUUGGCGUGAUCGCUCAUUGGUAUCAAAAACCACAUGGAAGGGCUUGCUGGAAUGCAUGCAGUACUAUGCCACAGUUAGUGCCGGCGAACAUGAUUCUCUUUUAGAAAAAGAAAUCAUGUGGCUGACAGUUGAUAAUAUUCAGGACAAGGGUGAUGCCGUCAUAAACGAUUUGCCUGAUAUUCCCCAUUUGGUUGGAAGUGGACGUAGUGUUGGUGGUGUGGUUAGUGAAACAGUGGGUGCUUCAUCGAGUGAAAAUUCCGGUGGAAGUCAACCGAUCCAAUUGCAACGCAUUGUCUCUAGAUGUAAAUGUGAGUUUUUCUAUGUCAGCUAUGGUGAUACUGUGGAUCCAAAUGCCAUAACUGAUAUGCCUCCACCACCAUCGGAGGAAACAUUAUCCCCCUGGGAGAGACAAGACGAUCCCAUGGAUGCUUUCACUCUGAUGCAUCACGAUUUGGAUGUUUGCACGAACUCCCUGCAAUAUGCCAUGAUAUUGGAUAUUGUCAACAAUUUGCUACUCUACGUUGAACCGCAAAGAAAGCAGGCUUUAGAAAAGUUGGCUCGCAUGCGUUUUCAAUUGCAAUUACAUUCCACCGAAGAUCAAAAGCGGCCCAUACAACAGAAGCAAACACUCAUACGUAGCCUUUUAAUGAAGAUACGUUCGCUGGAAAAGGAUAUACAUUUCAUAAGUCAGCGGGCCGAUGAAAGUGACACUGAGGAAUGGAAACUAGAAUACGAACGUGUGCAAAGACUCAUCCGUGACAGCAAGGAGGAGCUAAACACAUUGAGUGAGGAAUUGGAUAGUAUGCUGUUGUGCUAUAAGGAAACUCAACUUUCACAACUGAGCAAAAUAUCCAAUGUACGCUCGGACAAAACGGUUAAUAUUGUCAGGGCCAAUGAAAUAUGCUUUAAAAGGGCCCAGUGGCGUCUAACCGAAACUGAUGGUCAAAUUGGUAUUGCAGAUUUGGUGCUAAGUGGUUUCUUAUACACUAAAAAAUCGAAAAGUGAUGAUUCGGUGGAACAUCUUCUCGAAUUGGGUAAUAUACGCAUGAAUAACCUAAUACCACGGGAAAUCUAUCGAGAAGUUUUGGUGCCCACCGAAAUACAAAAGGACAUGCCGGUUGAUACUCAUAAACGUGUGCUGCGUGUAUUCUGUCGUGAAAAGCCACCGGUGGGCGGUAUAUCUGUCAAGGAACAUUUUGAAAUUAAUGUUGCCCCCAUAACCAUAGCCAUUACGAAGAAAUUCUAUUCAACAAUGUUAAAGUUCUGCUUUCCCGAUCGAGAUGCUUCUGAAACCGAUGCUGUAGAUGAUUUAGAAGAAAACUCCUCCGGCUCCUCAUCAUCGUCAAAUGUCCAGGCCAAAUCUUCGAAAAAACAAGGCAAGUCGAAAAAAUCCUCUAAAGAUUCUGAGUUUUAUGUGAAAAUUGAAAAAGACGAUGUGGAAAAGAUGAAGGAGCGAGCUGAGAAAAACAAAUUGUUUAUUUAUAUCAAAAUACCCGAGGUACCGGUGCGCGUCAGCUACAAGGGAAACAAAGAGAAAAAUCUAGAAGAUAUUACCGAUUUCUCUUUGGUUAUACCCACACUGGAAUAUCAUAAUGUAACAUGGACAUGGUUGGAUCUAUUGAUGGCCAUGAAAUCGGUUAGUCGUAAAGUUAUUGUCUCGCAGGCGAUAAAGCAAAAACUGCAAAUACACCGAAGACCGCCUACGACAAAUCAAAGUGAAUUUUCUUCACCACCCGAAGAAGAUAAGGCUGUUAUGUUAUUUGGCAAUCGUUUGGCGGGUGAAAAUCGUAGCCAGCGCAAGGGUGUUUUUAAAUUUACUUCAAGCAAUAAAUGAUAAUUUGGAAUAUUAUUACGCAAAUAAAGUAUUAUUAUCGAUUCCUGCACUUUGUUGUACCCCUCCCCCCCCCCAAAUUUGUUUAAAACAUUGCAUAAUUUAGUGUUUUUUAUUUUUCAAAAUUUAAAAAUUAUAUAUGCUUGCUAUAAAUGCAUAUUUCUCUGCUAUUUAUUUAUUAACUUAGAUGAGCUUACUUUCCCAGAAAAUAAAAGGAAAGGCAUCUAGUUUUCUUAUAGUGAAAACGUUAUUGUCUUCAUAUGUAUGUUAAUAAAUUGAAAAAUGAA